GUAAACGGUCUAAUGCUCGGAAUUACUAUGAUCAUGGAUGUUCUGGGUUUUUUAUGGAUAAUUCCAGCGGUACUGGCUGUGGAAGAAGUACUGAUGGACUCGACCACCGCCACUGCAGAGCUGGGCUGGACCAUCCACCCGGCGGCAGGGUGGGAGGAGGUGAGCGGCUACGACGAGCACAUGACCACCAUCCGCACCUACCAGGUGUGCAACGUGUUCGACGGCAGCCAGAACAACUGGGUGCGCACGCGGCACAUCCGGCGCCGCGGCGCCCAGCGCAUCCACGUCCAGAUGAAGUUCUCGGUGCGCGACUGCGGCUCCAUCCCCAACGUGCCGGGCUCCUGCAAGGAGACCUUCAACCUGUACUUCUACGAGUCGGACGCCGACGCCGCCACCCGCGCCUCCCCGCCCUGGAUGGAGAACCCCUGGACCAAGGUGGACACCAUCGCGGCCGACGAGAGCUUCUCCCAGGUGGACCUGGGCGGCCGCGUCAUGAAGAUCAACACCGAGGUGCGGAGCUUCGGCCCCGUGUCGCGCGGCGGCUUCUACCUGGCCUUCCAGGACUACGGCGCCUGCAUGUCGCUCAUCGCCGUGCGCGUCUUCUACAGGAAGUGCCCCGCCGUGGUGCUGAACGGCGCCGCGUUCCCCGAGACGCUGUCGGGCGCGGAGAGCACGUCGCUGGUGGUGGCGCGGGGCGUGUGCGUGCCCAACGGGGAGGAGGUGGACGUGCCCAUCAGGCUGUACUGCAACGGGGACGGGGAGUGGAUGGUGCCCAUCGGAGGGUGCACCUGCAAGGCCGGCUUCGAGGGCGUGGAGAACGGCACGGCGUGCAGAGCAUGCAUUUCGGGCUUCUUCAAGGCCACCCAGGGGGACCACGAGUGCCUGCCGUGUCCGGUCAACAGCCGGACCACCAACGAGGGCGCCACCAACUGCGUGUGCCGCAACGGGUUCUACCGCACCGACUCGGACCCCGCGCAGAUGCCCUGCACCACGAUCCCCUCGGCCCCCCGAGGAGUCAUCUCUAUCGUGAACGAGACGUCCCUGCGUCUGCGCUGGACGGCCCCCCAGGAGGGCGGGGGCCGCGACGACGUGGUCUACAACGUCAUCUGCAAGAGCUGCGGGGGCGGGCGGGGGGGCUGCACGCGCUGCGGGGACAACGUGCGCUUCGAGCCGCGGCAGCUGGGUCUGACGGAGGCCGACGUGCGCAUCAGCGACCUGCUGGCCCACACGCGCUACACCUUCGAGGUGCAGGCGGUGAACGGCGUGUCGGACCUCAGCCCCUACUCGCCGCAGUACGCCGCCGUCAACAUCACCACCAACCAGGCCGUCCCCUCGGCCGUCUCCAUCAUGCACCAGGUGAGCCGGGCCCCUGAGAGCAUCACCCUGUCCUGGUCCCAGCCCGACCAGCCCAACGGACUCAUCCUGGACUACGAGCUGCAGUACUAUGAGAAGAGCCAGGCGGAGUUCAACUCGUCGCUGUUCCGCAGUCAGACCAACACGGCGGACAUCCGGGGCCUGAAGCCCGGGACCAUCUACGUGUUCCAGGUCCGAGCCCGCACGGUGGCCGGGUUCGGACGCUACAGCGGGAAGAUGUACUUCCAGACCAUGACCGAAGAGGAGUACAAUUCCAGCAUCCAAGAGAAGCUGCCUCUCAUCAUCGGCUCCGCCUCCGGGGGCGUGGUCUUCAUCAUCGCCAUCACAGUCUUCAUCAUCAUCUGCCGCAGCAGGAGGACCACAGAGAGACCAGAGAACACGGAGUACACCGAGAAGCUGCAGUACACCAGCGGACACUUGUCUCCCGGCGUGAAGAUCUACAUCGACCCCUUCACCUACGAGGACCCCAACGAGGCCAUCCGGGAGUUCGCCAAGGAGAUCGAGUUCCCCUGCGUGAAGAUCGAGCAGGUCAUCGGGGCAGGAGAGUUCGGGGAGGUGUGCAGCGGUAACCUUCGUCUUCCGGGUAAGAGGGAGAUCCUGGUCGCCAUCAAGACGCUGAAGGCGGGCUACACGGAGCGCCAGAGGCGGGACUUCCUGUCUGAGGCGUCCAUCAUGGGCCAGUUCGACCACCCCAACAUCAUCCGGCUGGAGGGCGUGGUCACCAAGAGCAACCCCGUCAUGAUCCUCACCGAGUUCAUGGAGAACGGCUCGCUGGACUCCUUCCUGAGGCAAAACGACGGGCAGUUCACGGUGAUCCAGCUGGUGGGCAUGCUGCGAGGCAUCGCGGCGGGGAUGAAGUACCUGUGUGACAUGAACUACGUCCACCGCGACCUGGCCGCGCGCAACAUCCUGGUCAACAGCAACCUGGUCUGCAAGGUGUCGGACUUCGGCCUGUCGCGCUUCCUGGAGGAUGACGCGUCCGACCCCACCUAUACCAGCGCCCUGGGGGGGAAGAUCCCGAUCCGAUGGACGGCCCCGGAGGCGAUCCAGUACCGGAAGUUCACGUCGUCCAGCGACGCGUGGAGCUACGGCAUCGUCAUGUGGGAGGUGAUGUCGUACGGCGAGAGGCCAUACUGGGACAUGAGCAACCAGGACGUGAUCAACGCCAUCGAGCAGGACUACCGGCUGCCCCCCCCCAUGGACUGCCCCAGCGCGCUGCACCAGCUGAUGCUGGACUGCUGGCAGAAGGACCGCAACAACCGGCCCAAGUUCAGCCAGACCGUCAGCACCCUGGACAAGAUGAUCCGCAACCCCGCCAGCCUCAAGGCCAUGACCCCCCUCUCGUCAAGUGUUCACCUGGCGCUGCUGGACCGCAGCCCCCCCGACUUCUCCUCCUUCACCACGGUGGACGAGUGGCUCGAUGCCAUCAAGAUGAGCCAGUACAAGGAGUACUUCACCAACGAGGGCUUCAACAGCUUCAGCGUGGUGUCCCAGAUGACCAUGGAUGACAUCCUCAGAGUGGGGGUGACGCUAGCCGGCCACCAGAAGAAGAUCUUCAACAGCGUCCAGUCCAUGAGGGCCCAGAUGAACCAGAUCACCUCUGUGGAGGUCUGA